CAAUCAGAUAAAAUGUUACAUCCGCCUAUUAUAAAAUGGUCUGGUUGACAUUUCAAAUUAUUCCUGUGACGAUCCCCGUUGAGUUUAGUUGUGAAACACGUGAUGAAUAUUACUAGAACAAUGGUCGCUUCCAGCCUGAUGAUGAAGAGCAUCGGUUCAGUGGUUACCAAAACUUGGGUUGAAAGCACCAUACAAAGGUUUUGUGGUACUACUGCUGCAAGCCCAAAAAAGUUUGAUUUAAAAGAAGAAAAAGCCGAGUUCCUCAACGCUCUUCCAGGUGUCAUUGAUCAAUUUGCGAAACAUGUGAAGUUUCAGGAAAUACCCGGAACCGAAAAAUGGGUGAGAAAUGUUUUAAAUGGCAAUUUAAUAGGCGGUAAGAACAUGAGAGGACUCACAACGGUAAUGACAUACAAGUUCAUAGAGAAACCAGAAAAAAUCACAGAAGAAACAUUGCGACUAGUAAGAACAUUGGGAUGGUGUGCUGAAAUUCUACAAGCAUACUGCCUCGUGUUGGACGACAUAGCUGAUGGAUCUAUUACUCGACGAGGCAUGCCCUGUUGGUAUCGAAGGGAGGAUGUCGGCAUCGCUCAUGCAGUCAACGAUGCCACACUAAUCCACUUCAGCCUGCUCCAGUUACUACGAGUCAAUUUUGAGAAGUUCCCUUACUAUAACGACCUCUACCAUAAUUUCAACGAGACGCUCUUUUACACAUGCCUUGGACAAUAUCUGGACAUCAUGACAGGAAUGAAAAAGAAGAACUACGAUCUGUUCACAAUGGAUCAGUACGAUGCUAUAGUUAAACACAAAUCUGCUUAUUACACAUACAAACUUCCCAUAACAGCUGGACUAAUGCUAGCUAACCAGUUCAACGAGGAAACUCACAAGGAUGCUGAUGAAAUAUCAAUGCAGUUAGGAAGACUUUUUCAAAUGCAGGACGACUACAUUGAUUGUUUUGGAGACGAAAACAUGACCGGGAAGAUGGGAACUGAUAUUCAGGAAGGCAAAUGUUCGUGGUUAGCUGUAAAAGCGUUACAGCAUUGCAAACCCAACCAGCGCGCCGUUUUCUCUGUGUGUUAUGGCAGCCAUGAACCAGCGCAUGUAGAGCGUGUUAAGCAGCUUUACGUUCAGCUAAAGAUUCCUCAACUGUAUAAAGAAGAAGAAAAUCAAAUUUAUAACAACAUCAUCAAGAGAAUUGAAUCUGUGUCUUCAAACGAUCACCAAAAAUUAUUUCUCAAAGUUUUACAUGAUACUUAUGGCCGAAAACAUUAA